AUGGACGUUCCCCAGAACAAUACAUUGUGUCUGGAUGAUGAGCAGUCUCAACUCACCCACCUCGGUAGUGUCAGCUUUGAAAUCCUUGGGCUGUUGCAGCAACGCCGAGUCUUGGCAGCUUCUGUCGGCGGACGCUCUUUGCUAGUCCACUUUUGUAGCCCCACUGGCGAAAAGGCUGCUCUCGGUAUGGGGUUUGACGGCGUUCAUUUCUGCCUGCUAGCGAGUUUGGCGUUACCGUGGCUGUCAGAAUCCCAGGAAAGCCCCACAGGAUGCACGCCGAACUCUCUGUCGUGGGGAGGUCGCGAGAUGGUCGACCUUUCAUACGAGUUCACCAACGAGACCAUCUACUGGGCAGACGACGGAGCGUUUUAUCUCAACUCGACCAUUUUCUCUGAAGCCGAGAAUUCCUGGUUCGUGGCUGACGUCAUCCGUGCUCCGACCCACGGCGGAACCCACCUCGACGCCCCGAUCCACUUCCACAAAGGAGGCUGGGCCGUGUCGGAGAUCCCGCUGCAAAGACUGCUCUUCCGUCCCAUCGCUCUCGUGGACGUCAGGGACAAGACCGCGCUCAAUUCCACGUACUCGCUCUCGGUAGAAGACAUCCGGAGUUGGGAGGAGCAACAUGGCCGGCUGCCCGAAGGAUGCCUACUCUUUGCGCGUACCGGAUGGUCAAAACUGUGGCCCAACCGCACGGCGUAUAUGGGAAUCGACUCGAACGGCACCCGCCACUUUCCGUCCUUCUCAAACGACUUGGCCAAGUUUCUGGUGAAAGAGAGAGAUGUCUACGGCGUGGGCCUGGACGCUGCCUCGGUGGACUUCUACGGCCAGACGCAGACCCACCGCAUUCUCGGCGCCAAGAACAUCUACAACCUCGAGAACCUCGCGGACCUUCAGCGCCUUCCGGAAAAGGGAGCGCACGCAAUAGUGCUUCCCAUGAAGAUAGGGGGCGCCAGCGGCGCCCCCGUACGCGUCGUCGCCAUCUUGCCGUAAACUUUUU